AUGUACUUUAUACCAAUCCCCAAGUACAAGCAUACUAGAUAUCCCAGAGAUAACGAGACGAUGGGUUUCAUCUUCCAAGGCGGAGUGGGCGCUGGCGGAGGCCGAGGACGAGGACGCGGUCGCGGUGGUGGAGGGGUACCCAGCGACGCGCAACCAUUACGCGACGAGGAAGGAAACCAGCUCACGGAACGCUUCGAGCAGGUUAAGACGAACGAUGAGGUCGACGAGAAGCUGGGCUUUGCCCGUGUCCAGGAGGGCCCACUACGAGAGGGGUGGCUAAUUAACAUGCAUCCAACAUUGAUGAAAGAUGCCGACUGGCCUGGCGGGAAAGCUGCCGUCGACUUCUACUUCAUUCAAGACGACGGCGGCAUGUUUAAAUGCACGCUGCAAUACGAGCCUUACUUCUACAUCGCGUGCAAGAGCGGCAUGGAAACAGUGAUUGAGGAAUGGCUUCUGAAGAAGUACGAAGGUGCCAUUUGUCGAAUAACCCGCGAGAGGAAAGAAGACCUACAAAUGCCGAACCACCUUAUGGGUCACACUCGUCUAUAUCUCCAGCUACACUUCCGGAAUGUGUCGGACCUUCUCACCGUACGGAGAGACAUCAUGCCCCUGGCUCUGGCUAACAGCGCGAAACUCGACGCUGUCGACGCGUACGCGGAAGUGGUCAACGCGACUGCUGCUGCUGCGACAAAUAUCGAACUCGAGGGCGAAUGGGCUGCAGGCGUUGGUGGAGGCUCCUCAAGACGCACCGGGGUUCGCGAUCAGGACCCGCGGGAGGGUAUCAUCGACAUUCGUGAAUACGACGUCCCAUACUACCUGCGUGUCGCCAUGGACAACGAUAUACGUGUCGGUCUAUGGUACGCCGUGUCCUUCACCGCGGGGCAGCCGGGAUUCAAGCUGCUCACGGAGCGCGUGAAACGUGCGGACCCGGUCGUUAUGGCCUACGAUAUCGAGACGACGAAGGCGCCGCUCAAGUUCCCCGACCAGGCAAUCGACCAGGUCAUGAUGAUUUCGUACAUGAUCGACGGGCAGGGCUUCCUCAUCACCAACCGCGAAAUCGUCAGCGAGGAUAUUGACGACUUCGAGUACACCCCGAAGGAAGGCUAUGAGGGGCCUUUCACGGUCUUCAACGAGCCAGACGAGGCUGCAGUCAUCCGGCGGUGGUUCUCUCACAUCCAGGACGUCAAGCCUACGGUCAUGGCGACGUUCAACGGAGACUUCUUCGAUUUCCCCUUCGUGGCAGCGCGCGCGAAGGUGCACGGGAUCGACAUGUUCCUCGAGAUCGGGUUCGCCAUAGAUUCCGAAGACGAGUACAAGUGUCGUUCAUGUGUUCACAUGGACUGCUUCCGCUGGGUCAAGCGCGACUCGUACCUGCCGCAAGGGAGUCAGGGAUUGAAGGCUGUAACGACUGCGAAGCUGGGUUACAACCCCAUUGAACUCGACCCCGAGUUGAUGACGCCAUACGCCAUCGAGCAUCCGCAGAUUCUCGCUCAGUACUCCGUCUCCGAUGCAGUUGCGACGUACUACCUUUACAUGAAGUACCUGCACCCCUUCAUUUUCUCCCUGUGUAACAUUAUCCCGCUUUGCCCGGACGAGGUGUUGCGCAAGGGAACGGGCACUCUGUGCGAGACGCUCCUCAUGGUGGAAGCCUUCCGAGGUCAGAUCAUCAUGCCCAACAGACACGAAGAGUCCCACGGGAACAUGUACGACGGGCAUCUUCUCGCGUCGGAGACCUACGUCGGUGGUCACGUCGAGGCGCUGGAGGCUGGCGUAUUCCGGAGCGACAUUGAGACCCACUUCAAGAUCGAGCCAUCUGCCGUACAGAAGCUUAUCGACGACCUUGAUGCCGCAUUGACCUUCUGCAUCGUCGAAGAGUCUAAGUCCUCGCUGGAGGCUGUCACGAACUACGACGAGGUGAAAGCGGCGGUCCAAGCGAAACUCGAAGUGAUGCGAGACAACCCGCAACGCAUGGACCAACCGCUCAUCUACCACUUGGAUGUCGCCGCAAUGUAUCCGAACAUCAUGUUGUCCAAUCGGCUCCAGCCGGAUUCAGUCGUCAACGAGGCGACUUGUGCGGUCUGCGACUUCAACCGCCCUGGGAAGGAGUGCGACCGCAAGCUGCAAUGGGCGUGGCGUGGCGAGUUCUUCCCCGCGCGGCGAGACGAGUUCAACAUGAUCAAACACGCGCUCAACCAGGAGAGCUUCCCGCCCAAGAAGCCAGGCGGUCCACAGCGGAAGUUCAAUGACCUGCCCCAGGCCGAGCAGACUGCGCUCCUGCACAAACGACUGGGCGACUACUCGCGGCGGGUGUACAAGAAGAUCAAGGACACAAAGAUCGAGACCCGGGAGGCGAUCAUCUGCCAGCGCGAGAACCCGUUCUACAUCGACACCGUGCGGCGGUUCCGCGACCGGCGGUACGAGUACAAGGGCCUGCACAAGACGUGGAAGAAGAACCUGGACGUCGUGGUCGGGGAGCAGCGCUCGAUCGCAGAGGUCGACGAGGCGAAGAAGAUGAUCGUGCUGUACGACUCGCUGCAGCUCGCGCACAAGUGCAUCCUGAACUCGUUCUACGGGUACGUCAUGCGCAAGGGCGCGCGCUGGCACUCGAUGGAGAUGGCGGGCAUCACCUGCCUCACCGGCGCGAAGAUCAUCCAGAUGGCGCGCCAGCUUGUCGAGCAGAUCGGCCGCCCGCUCGAGCUCGACACGGACGGGAUCUGGUGCAUGCUGCCCGGGGUGUUCCCGGAGAACUUCAAGUUCAAGCUCGCGAACGGGAAGGCGCUUGCGUUCUCGUACCCGUGCACGAUGCUCAAUCACCUCGUCCACGCGGAGUUUACGAACCACCAGUACCACGAGCUCGACCCCGAGGCGGGCGAGUAUAUGGUGCACAGCGAGAACUCGAUCUUCUUCGAGCUCGACGGGCCGUACAAGGCGAUGAUCCUCCCGUCGUCGAAGGAGGAGGACAAGCUGCUGAAGAAGCGGUACGCGGUCUUCAACGACGACGGCUCGCUCGCCGAGCUGAAGGGCUUCGAGGUCAAGCGGCGCGGCGAGCUGCAGCUCAUCAAGAUCUUCCAGAGCCAAAUCUUCGAGAAGUUCCUGCUCGGGUCGACGCUGGACGAGUGCUACGCCGCGGUCGCGCAAGUUGCGGACCGCUGGCUCGACGUGCUCUUCAGCCACGCGGACGACCUGUCGGAUGAAGAGCUGGUCGAGCUCAUCGCCGAGAACCGCAGCAUGUCCAAGACGCUCGCCGAGUACGGCGGACAGAAGUCGACGUCGAUCAGCACCGCGCGCCGCCUCGCAGAGUUCCUCGGGGACCAGAUGGUCAAGGACAAGGGCCUCGCGUGCAAGUUCAUCAUCUCCUCGAAGCCGAUGGGCGCGCCCGUCACCGAGCGCGCCGUCCCCGUCGCGAUCUUCUCGGCCGAGGAGAGCGUGAAGCGGACGUACCUCCGCAAGUGGCUCAAGGACAACAGCCUGACGAACUUCGAGCUGCGCUCGAUCCUCGACUGGGACUACUACAUCGAACGGCUCGGCUCCGUCAUCCAGAAGCUCAUCACCAUCCCCGCCGCGAUGCAGAAGGUCACGAACCCCGUGCCGCGCAUCCGCCACCCGGACUGGCUCUUCCGCCGCGUCGCGGCGCUGGACGACAAGUUCCACCAGCACAAGGUCACGGACUUCUUCAAGGCGGCCCCCAAGCCUGUGGCGAGCGACAGCAUGGAUAUCGAGGACACGAUGACGCAGCGCACGCAGGAUUCGGCUCCGCGUCUUGCGACGGUGUACCGCAAGUCACAACGGAGGCAGGAGACCCCAGAGGAGACCCCUGCGGAUAAGCUACUCGCGGAGCCUCUGCCAGAUGUGCACAAGAGCUACAGCAAGUGGCUUAAGGUCAUGAAGCGGCGCUGGAGCCACAGGCGAGGGGAUAUCUCUGGUGACGGGACCGUCAUGCCCUCCAUGUUCCGCGGCGUCCGGACGAAGCAGAGCACGCACUGGGACAUUGUCCAGAUCCGCCCGAACAGGACCCCAGGUCGGUUCACGCUGUGGCUCUCGGUGGACGGGACGCUCUCUGCGGUACCCCUUCGCAUUCCUCGCGAGUUUUACAUGCAUCUGCGGACGCCUCCGAAGGAGGACCAGUUCAACCACGAGAUGUACCAGUGCGAGAAGGUCGUGCGGAGCUUGCCUCGCGAUCGCCAGUGUGUCAACCUGUACAAGAUCACCGUGCGGGAAGACCUCUACGUGGACGGCCAGGAGCACUUCAUCGACAUCACCAAUGACCCUAACGUUGACGGUGUAUAUGAAUUUCAGCUGCCGCUCGUCAUGCGCUCGAUCCUGAAGCUGGGGAAGACAUGCUUCAAUGAGGACAAGACCAUGACCUUGAAUCGCGCAGAGACCACUGGGUUCGACUUACAACAGCUGAGCCGUUCCAAGCCCUCGGAAUCGAAGAGGAAGUACCUCGACGAAGGCGCCGACGGGAAGUACAUCUUCCUCUACCACGCCUGCUCCAACAAUGCCCCCGUCCACGUCUUCGCGCUCUUCAUUCCAGGCGAGGGCGUGAAGCUCCACAUCGUCGACCCCGCCACUCGCCGGCAGCCGAUCCCCCGACUCAGCGAGAUGUACGAGAAACUCCUUGGCCAGUCCAAGACAGGCCCGUAUAUCUCCUACACGUACCCCGAGGAUCUGCAGUUCACCUCGACCUAUCACGGCAACGAUGUGACCGCACUCAAGGCGAUUUCUCGCGAGCUAGGACUCGUCGAGAACCGCUCUUUCAUCGUGGUCGUAUCCUCGAGCAAGGAGCAGAGCUACUUCGACCUGCAUACACCCAAGCUGUCGAAGUUCCCCGUGCUGUCGAUGAACAAGACCAAAUCCGCCCACUCACUGGAUGUCUUCCCGUGGCAGACAAGCGUCGCGCAGAAGCUAGUCAGCCGUUACCUGUCUCUCGGGAAAUGGCUGGACACGGCUAUGGCACAGGCCGAUUACUACGACAUUCCCGUCGGCCAUAUCGAAGGCGACAAGCCGCUGCUGCUGGCGGAUGUCGAAUUCGCGCGGAGGCUCAUGAGCCAGGACGUCGUGCUGUGGUGGUCGCCUGGCGAUCGACCGGACCUCGGUGGUAUCGAGGAGGACAACCGUCCGCAGGAGGAGCUGGCCAAGACCGAGUUCACAUCUCCCGGGUGCUACUCCAACGUCUGCUUGGAGAUCACAGUCCGCAACCUCGCGGUGGACGCUGUGCUGCACUCCGUCAUCGUCAAUGAACUCGAAGGUAGCGGUGGCGCGACGGCCUUCGACGCGUCACGCACCCUAGACGAAUACUCCAAGGGCGACGCUAUGCAAGACCUCACAUUGGGCGAGUCCAAUGUGUCACCGCUAGCGUUCAGUAUCCUCAAGUCGCUCGUGAAGACGUGGAUGCUGGACAAGAUCCAGGGCAACUUCCAGAGCCCGGCGACUACCGUGCUCGACCACUUCUGGCGAUGGAUCAGCUCGACGGCGUCGCACAUGUACGACACCAGCAUACAUCGCUUCAUCCACGGACUCAUGCGCAAGACGUUUAUCCAAAUGCUCGCGGAGUUCAAGCGCCUCGGAUCCCAUGUUGUCUACGCCGACCUCAGCCGCAUUCUCCUCGUCACUUCCAAACCACCCGGAACUGCACAUGCUUACGCGACGUACAUUACCACCGCAGUCACCUCCCACGAGCUCUUCCAGCACGUCUACCUCCACACAGAACGUUUCUACGACUUUCUCAUAUUCAUGGAUGAGGCCAACUACGGCGCGGUUGUCUGCGAGAACCCGCUUGCCAUCGAACCCCCAGAGGAGCUCGCUAUCGAGAUGCGCUGGAACAUCCAGUCCUUCCUUCCCCCCGCCAUCCAAUCCGACUUCCGCGCCCUCGUGCGCUACUUCCUCGUCGAGUUCUUCCGCACCUCGCAGAAGUGCAAGGGAGCCACCCGCGUACCUCUACGCGCGCUUCAAAACGCGGCCCCAGACGCAACACAGCUGGACGUGACCAAGGCCAACGAGAUCUCCGCCUGCCGCGAGUUUGUCCAGCGCAAGCUCAUCCGACGCACCCUGCGAAUGCUCGGCGCAGUCCUCGACCGACACCGCGACGCACUCACCAGCGAAGACCCUAGUGCACUCGUGCAGUGGGACUUCCCCGUCUUACCAGGCUCUCACCUCCAUCUCACCAACCCGGGGCUCGAGUUCGCCAAGUUUGCAUGCGCGGUGUUCGCUCUCGCGAAGGAGCACACGCUCGAGGUCGGACUCCUCAAGCGCUCUCUCCUCGAGCUCGUCGGCGUGCGCGAGUUCGCGCCCGAGGCCUCCUUCCAAAACCCGUGCGAGCCGCUCAAGCUCGCGAGUGUGCCGUGCCAGCACUGCGACGCGAUGAAGGACUUCGACUUCUGCCGGGACCCCGCGCUGCUGCCGUCCGCGCGCGACCCGGCGGCGGGGGCGCGCUGGCUGUGCGCGCGCUGCGACUGCGAGUACGACCGCACGGCGAUCGAGUUCGCGCUCGUGCGCAUGGUGGGCGACGCCGAGCGGCGCUUCGCGCAGCAGGACCUGCGCUGCUCGCGGUGCGCGCAGCUGCGGUCGGACAACGUCGCGAAGCACUGUGGGUGCUCGGGCAACUACCAGCUCACGAUGAACAAGGCGGAGGUGAAGCGGCGGCUAAGGACGAUUGUGAACGUCGCGCUGGCGCAUAAUAUGGGUCGUUUGAAGGAGGUCGCCCAGACGCUGCUCAACAACUGGUAGACGGCUCGUGUAGACGACGGACAUUUGACC